AUGUACGAGAGCGUCGAAAAGGAAGCCCAGCUGAAAGAUAAAGAAGCAUUCAUAAACAACGAUCAUUUUGAUGAGCCAACUACAAACUGGAGUUGUUACAAACUGAUUAUUGAUCCGGCUUUGAACAGUGGCACCCAGAAACUCUACCGCUAUGAUGGACAGCUCUUCAGCUCACCACAUCCAGAAUGUUUUCCUGUGGAUAUUGUUCGUGAUCCCAGAAUUACUCGCUUUUGGGCAAAGUUCAAAGAAGCAGAUCUCCCAGUCCCCAAAUUUAUGGUCGAUGAGAAUUAUGUUGGAGCACCAAAGGAGUUGACAUUCGCAAGACUUAAUGACAACAUUAGGGACGGUUUCCUAUUUGAAAUGUGUAAACACUUUGGAGAAAUUCAGGAUUUGAAAGUGUUGUACAGUCCGAAGAAUAAGAAGCAUUUAGGAAUAGCAAAGGUCAUUUUUGAAUCUGCAAAGGCAGCAAACAACGCAGUACAAAACCUCCAUAACACUUCUGUAAUGGGAAACAACAUCCAUGUGGAAUAUGACCCCAAAGGUGUUAAAAGAAAGCGAUACUUACAGAUGCUUGUCAGUGGUUUAUACACACCUUUCACUCUCCCUGUUGGAGAAGAGACAUGUGGACCCCAGUCACCAGCCUCCACUUACUCCUUUUCUGAUUGUGUACCACUGAAGAAGCUGUCCUUAUCAUCAUCAUCCUCAUUAUAUAAUGGGUCUCCUUCGUUGGAUUGUUGUACUCCUCUAUCUAUGGAUACCGCAUACUCCAGCAUGCAUCAGGACACACCCAAUAGUUUUUGGCAGACCCCUCAAUACCAAGACACUCCUUGCACCCCUUCUCUAUCCAACAGUAUACCAGGCACACCAUCCCAGUGUGAGAGAAUCCCAAAUGAGUCUGUAAAGAUAGCCAAUACCUCCAAUACCCCUUUCAAUCAACAGUCCAUCCAAAACAUCUCACAGCUUCAAGCAAGCCAACUUAACCUUCUUCUGGCUCAACCAUCCUCAGAUAAACCUAGCAUUAUUCAAGGUACUGCGCAAAACUUCUGCAUGCAACAUGGAGCUGUCUCUCAAAAUGGGGGCUUCUCAAACAGGCAAAGAACUUCAGGACGUAAUUCUCAUCUUCACAGCAGUCGUUUUCUCGGAAAACACCAGAGCAGACCUUUGGGGAACAAAUACCAAAACGCAUACAACCGUAGACCAGAGCACCAUUACAUUCAUAGACCUGUAUAUAGAGGAUCUCACUACCGCUCUGGACCUCAAGGGUCUUUUAAUAAUUUCCAGGACUUUCCAAGCACACAAUCACAUUCAGAUAAACUCAGAUUCUUCACCCAGUGUACAAGUGAUAACAACAAACCUGCCAUAAUUUUAGGAAAAAACAUUACUGGCUCACUCAAGGGCCUCAGUGUUAAUCCCAGAUCUGUUUUUGAGGAACCACCAUCACUUCCUAUUUUAGAAACAAUGCAUGUGAAGGCUAUUGGAGGGGAUAAUCAUUGCUUUCAUCCAGUCAUAGAGAUAAAAGCAAAUGCAUCAGAAAAUAGUGGAAUUCCUUCCCAAGAAUCUUGCAAGACAACCCAAGAGGUGAACCAAAAUCGUUGCCUACAUGAUUCACCAAAAGACCACCCUUCUUGCUCAAAUACCCCAAAACAGUGCCUCUCCUCUGAAACCACACAGGAUUUUUCAGACCCUAUAAUGCAAUGCCCCUCUCCCGCAUCUCCCACUCCAGACCCAAAGCCUGACAGCCUGGACUCUCGCAUCCAAAAGCUUCUUAGUGCUGGAAAUUCAAUUCUACCCCUCCUGAGCCAAGAGAGCUCAGACUCAGAGACAGCUACUGAAGACCAGGAUACAGACUCCAUCUCCCACCCUCUACCCUCUCCCAAAGCUCCCAGCCCCACCCCUUCUUCGUCUACUUAUGUUGCCCUGAACUGUGUCCAAACACCUUUUUCUGCUAACAAUACUGGCUCGCAUUCAGGAGAAAGUUUUUCUGCAUCUGGCAUAGAGGAUGUGAGUUCCACUCCACUUCUCUACUUGGCAGAAGAGGAACGUGAACUUCAAUCAGCCAAAAAGUCAUCAUCCAAGAUAUUCUCCAGCACCUCUGUCAUCCCUACCUCAAGUGAAGAUGAGAAUACUUCUGAUGAGCCAUUUAGAAUACCAGUGAUCUGCAGCAACAGAGGCUCUUUACCCCCUCCUAUUUCUCAAAUACCCCUACCCCCAAUACUUACACCACCACCGGCUCACUUUCUCUCCUAUCAACCUUCUAUUAUACCAACAAAACUGGAACCUCCUCCCCCAGUGGCUCCAUUGUUACCUGGGUAUGCUCUAUCUGGUGCUUCUUCUUGUUCACUGUACCCUCCUCCAAAGAUCAAGCAGAAUUGUAGGCCACCCAACUGGCAGAGUAGCCCAGUACCUCUUCCUAUCCCUACUAGAAUAACACAAGGGCAACCCUCAAUCUCACUCCCCUUCUUUGCUCCACCAGGAUGCCCUCCACCCUUCAGUUACAUAACUCAUCGCCCACCUUACCCUUCUGCUGGGUGUUCAUCUACCAUGUUAAGGUACAGACCACCUUGGCCCCCUUCCCUCAUGCCUAGAUUCGACCCCUCAGUGCCCCCACCAGGUUAUGUGCCUAUGAAAGAAUUUCUCCAUAAUGCCACAGUGGAUGGGGUUCUGGCUGUUGUAGCAGCAGAGCUGAGGGCUAUAGUAAAGAAAGACAUACACCGCAGGAUUAUUGAGGUUGUGGCCUUCAAAGCAUUUGACCAGUGGUGGGAUGACAAAGAACAGGAAGCAAAGGUACCUGCUCCACUUAAAUUGGGGGGGAAUAAAGACCCUAAGCUCAGAAUUAUGGAGGAAUGCCUGAAAAUGCGUACUGCAAGAGGAGAAGGCACUGUACUAUGCACAGGAAAAAUAAUGAGCCUGCAUGGUGCCAUUAAACUUCCCUCUUUUAAGAGGAAUGAUCCAUUAGAUGAGGCGUCCACUGAUGUAAAGAUAAUCUGUUCUUCACCUAGUCCUGAGCACUCUGAGGAUGAAGAGCCAGAACAACAAACAGCCCCAGAGAUUGAUGGAGAGGACAAAACCAAAAAGACAAGCAAAAACUCCAUGGUUAAAUGCAGACAUUCCAGGCCUCUGGUGUUAGAAAGUGAUGAAGAGGAUGAGGAUACUGAGAAGGUGGAGGAUCCAAAAUACGAAGAAGUUCAGGAGGUUCAUAAGAAGAAAGUUAAUGAAGAGAAUAAAGAUAAGGAGAGUAACCCCCGUCUUAUCAGAGAGGAUGAAGAUUAUGAUGAUGCAGAUGUUGUCAGCAACACAAGCUUAGACUCAUCUGCAUCUCAAAGCCAAGGAUAUGACUCCUUAGUCUCUUCCAGAACUGUCUUUGAUUCAUCAGCUUCUUCUCCAUCCGUUACUGGCUCCCCGGCUUCCUCUAGAUCUUUCUUUGACUCCUCAGAUGACAGAAGUGUGGAGUCCUCAGACUCUUUGUCUUCUGGAGAGGACGAUCAGUUGGAUGAAGAAAGUACUGAAAGUCCAGAUGAAGAAAGAAGUAUGGUAGAAGAGAUUUGGAUAUCAUCUGAUGAGGAUGAUAAUGAAAAGAGGGAGAUGAUGCAUACUCCUGUUCACUCAUCUUUCGUGCACUGGGAAGAGGAUCUUGAGCCACCUGUGACCCCAUCUGCUCCAGUUUUGGUUGAAAGUGAUGCUGACCACAUGUUGCUAGAUUUGGAUCCAGAAGAUCCAGAGGAGGAACUGAGUGUUAGAGUUUACAUGCAGGGUUUGAAACUGUCCGACCCUCUCAAAUACACCUUACAGGACCCAGUAAAACAUUGUUUAACAAACAAACUUAAGCUAACAGACCCUGUGACAUUCUUCUCAGACCAGGAGCCAGAGCUGCCAAGUGCACCGUCUCCCUCAUACAGAGCAUUAUCGGAUGAUUUGGAGACACAAUAUACUACAGAUUCCGAGGACCAGCAAAUUAUUACAGAAACACUGGAGGAUUCGGAGAACCUCAGACCAAUCACGCCAACUGGCUCCUUGUCUGACAGUGACCCUGAAAUGGAACUCAGGUUUUCACCUCCUGUUCUUGAAAUGGUAGAGCUGCCACACACACCUGGUGGAUGUCUGGAGUUGGAGGAGGCUGAAGAACAUGUUCUACCUCCAGGUCCACCUACACCUCUACCUCCACCUCCUUCUCCAACAGGCCACCAGGAACUUCCAUGCUCAACCCUCUACCAGUGCCCUCCUUUCCCUUUCUCAUACCCUGCAUAUGAAGAAACACCAAAAACUCCUGGCAGGGUGAAUGGCUCUGGCCAUAUUUAUGACUCUGAGGUAAUAGGUAGCCUUUUAUCUCCUUCUAACCCCUUGCUGUCUUCAUGUGCUGACAGUGGUAUUCCCAGAACUCCAGGGAGAGAUUUGUCUCCAUCUUCACCUGUCUUAAACCACAGAGAGAUAAACUUUCAGGAAAGAGACCUACUCCAUCCUCACAACUCGGGUUUUGCACAAUCACACUCGCAAACUGAUAAUCUUGGUAUAGAUAAUGGUCAUCUACAUUCAGACCACCGCAGAAUAGCGCAUUUGGACAAAGCACACUUCAAAAGGCGUCGCGAGCGACUUAAAAUGAAAAGACGAAUGAUUGAAUUUCAGCGAAACCGAAACUCUAUGAAUACUCAUCCAUCUGCUCAUCAGGUUUUGGGGCCUUUGGAUCAUGUCUCUGAUAUCAGGACUGAACAUAUGCUACCAGAAGACCAGAAAAAGAUGCCUUUGCAGGAGUCAUCAUGUCUGUGGAGAAGAUGGGGAGAAUCAUUGCCACAGUCAUCUACACACUAUCUCAUUUUCCCUCCACGCUCAGAGAGACAAGAGAAGCUUGUCCUCCAUGCUGUAUGGACUAAGGGUGUGAAUGAGGAGGAGAUUGGGCAUCUAAAGUCCACCUAUGAGAAGCUUUUGCUUGAAGAUAAUGAAUGUGAAUGGCUGAGCAGCACACGCUGGAUCCCACAUCCUCCAACCAGCUCUCAUGAUGAGAGGCCAAGAAGAUGGCUGGAAGGGAUCAGGGAUCACAUGACAGGUUGUGCUCGUACUGAGGGUUAUUACUUCAUCAGCAAGAGAGAUAAGCUGAGAUAUCUCCGCUACACACACUUGAAUUCAGAGGAACUUACAGAAGACACUCAGGGAAAGAGUGUACCAGCUCAGGUUCCACCUUCAUCCAGAUCAGGAUCAGAACUCAGGGCUGAGCAGCGCCGCCUUCUGUCCUCCUUCAGCUGUGACAGUGACCUCCUCAAAUUCAACCAACUCAAGUUCCGAAAAAAGAAGCUGCGUUUUGGCAGGAGUCAUAUCCAUGACUGGGGCCUAUUUGCAGAGGAACCCAUUGCUGCAGAAGAGAUGAUAAUUGAAUAUGUAGGCCAGAGUAUUCGGCAGGUGAUAGCAGACAUGCGUGAAAGACGCUAUGAAAAUGAGGGUAUUGGUAGCAGCUAUCUCUUCCGUGUCGACCAGGACACUAUCAUUGAUGCGACCAAGUUUGGUAACCUGGCGAGGUUCAUCAAUCACAGUUGCAAUCCAAACUGCUAUGCAAAAGUAAUCACAGUAGAGUCUCAAAAGAAAAUAGUCAUCUACUCUCGACAACCUAUUGGUGUAAAUGAAGAGAUCACUUAUGAUUACAAAUUCCCUAUUGAGGAUGAAAAGAUCCCCUGCUUGUGUGCUGCAGAGAACUGCAGAGGAACCCUGAACUAG